AUGUUGUUCCGUGCUGCGGCCCGUCAAGCCGCCCCCUUGAGGCGUCAGGCCUUUGCCCCCGUUGCCCGUCGCUCCGUCACCACCGACGCUGCCUCGGCGCAUGCUGAGAACGUCCCUCAGGAGGAUGACAAGCCCUUCACCGUCCGUCUCUCCGACGAGAGCUUCGAGACCUACGAGAUCGAUCCCCCUCCCUACACGCUGGAGAUCACCAAGAAGGAGCUGAAGCAGAUGUACUACGACAUGGUUGCCAUGAGACGCAUGGAAAUGGCCGCCGACCGCCUGUACAAGGAGAAGAAGAUCAGAGGUUUCUGCCACUUGUCCACCGGUCAGGAAGCCGUCGCCACCGGUAUCGAGCACGCGAUCUCCCGCGACGACAAGAUCAUCACCGCCUACCGGUGCCACGGUUUCGCCAUGAUGCGCGGCGGCACCGUCCGCUCCAUCAUCGGCGAGCUGCUCGGUCGCCGCGAGGGUAUCGCCUACGGCAAGGGUGGUUCCAUGCACAUGUUCGCCCCCAACUUCUACGGCGGUAACGGUAUCGUCGGUGCCCAGGUCCCCGUCGGUGCCGGUCUGGCGUUCGCCCAGCAGUACAACAACCAGAAGGCCACCAGCAUCAUCCUGUACGGUGACGGUGCCUCCAACCAGGGUCAGGUCUUCGAGGCCUUCAACAUGGCCAAGUUGUGGAACUUGCCCGCCCUGUUCGGUUGUGAGAACAACAAGUACGGCAUGGGUACCUCGGCCGCCCGCUCCUCCGCCCUGACCGAGUACUACAAGCGCGGUCAGUACAUCCCCGGUAUCAAGGUCAACGGCAUGGACGUGCUGGCCACCAAGGCCGCCGUCAAGUACGGUAAGGACUACGCCACCUCGGGCAACGGACCCCUCGUCUUCGAGUACGUCACCUACCGCUACGGUGGCCACUCCAUGUCCGACCCCGGCACCACCUACCGCAGCCGCGAGGAGAUCCAGCGCAUGCGCAGCACCCACGACCCCAUCGCCGGCCUCAAGCAGAAGAUCCUCGACUGGAGCGUCUGCACCGAGGAGGAGCUCAAGGCCCUCGACAAGGCCGCCCGCACCCACGUCGACUCCGAGGUCGCCAUCGCCGAGAAGAUGCCCGUCCCCGAGAGCAACUCCCGCAUCCUCUUCGAGGAUAUCUACGUCCGUGGCAGCGAGCCCCGCUGGAUGAGAGGCCGCACUGUCGACGAGACUUUCUACUACUAG